AAUCACGGAACACGGUUGCGCACUAACUGAUUGUUUAUUGCUUUUUUUGAGCGAUUCAUUUUCUUUCUCACGAGUUUUCUCUUUUUUGCCUCAAAAGAAGGAAAUUUGAACGGUUAUUUCCUAAAAUCCGUAUAUCUAAUUUCCUCGAAUGGAUACGGGACGAAGAAAGAAAAUUGGAACUUUUCCGUAUCUUUUAUUUUAAAGGUGCGUAGUGGCGCCAUCCGUAGUAAUAAUAGAAGGACUUGCAAACUUUCUCUCCAAGUGCAAUGCCUGGAUUUAAAGAAAAAUGUAAAGAAGAAAACCAAACUGAGGUAACAGAGAUCAAGAGUCAAUAACUUGAAAUUCGCUAAAAAUUAUUUCUAAGCGAUUCAAGUUAUCAAUUAUAGUUUGUUUAUAAAUCCGCACCAGUCAGGACAAGGCGUGGGAACUAAAAGUAAGUGUGUGAAUCAGCCAUGGGAAUUAGGUCAGGAAUGAUGGCGCUUUUAAAUAUCUUAAGUACCUAUCGUAAUUCGAAUUUAGAUUAAGUAGGAAAUAAAUAAACUAUUUAAUUCACCUGUCAAUCACUUAUCAAGGGUAUGGAAGGUUAACGAAAGAAUAAGCCUUACGGAAGUUAUAUAGUUAAUUUCUAUGAAGAAAUUACCUUCUAUUUCUAGUUUAGUUCUUCACGAAAAAUGUUUUACCAUAAGAUUCAUUGUUUUUAGGAGGAAAAUUGGUCAUAAGGAAAAUCAUUGAGUGUUUUGUAUUACGGCACACGCUAUGCUACAGGUGCCGUUCUCUCACGGCCCUGUUUUAAUGCUAAUGUCUCUUUGCAGUUUUUUUACAGGUGCUUUAUAACAAUGUUUGCUAAAAAAAUAAAGCAAUUCCUUUUAAAUCUACUCUUUCCCCUCUACCCGUCCCGCCCCGCCCCCUUGUCUUUGCAUAUUUAGUAUAUUUAAAAAGAGAAACGGGUACUUUUUAUUUUAUAAGUCACGUAGAACUUAUGUAAUUAGUAUGCAUGAACAGCCUUAGAUCAAGUAAGACGUCCAUCAAAUUUCUCUUUGGUCAAUAAGAAAAGAUGUUCAUUUUUCAACAAUAUACUUCAUAGUUCUUUUCUAACGUUCUGAUUAAAUAUUAAAACAAUUCACUGGCGCCAAAUUUUGUUCUUUUGUUCUGGUAAAAGAAUACAUCCUUAUUAUCGCUUAUCAUUCCGUUUAUAACUUGUGUGGUAGAUAAAUUUUCAGUUAUUACAUCAUAUAUACGUACUUCAAUAUAAUUAUUAUUUAUAUUAUAUAUUUUUUUCGAAUCAUUUUCUCAUUUCAAUUUGGAGACUGUAUUUAUUAUUGUAAAAUGAAUUCUUAGAAGUAGCAUUGAUUCUAAAAUAUCAAAAAAUUAUUCCUAGGGGUGUGGAAACGACUUAUAAUUUAGAGAAUAUCUUAAUAUUAAGUGUAUUCUUAUAAAUCUAAUAACAAGAUAUAGGUAUAUAUAUAGAUAAUAUUUAAUAAUUUAUUGGUUUGUUUUAAGUUUUAGUCUCUAUUUGUUUGUUUUAGAAGAUUAAUUUAUUUUUAAGAAAAGACGCUCUUUUUGUUUUGUUAAAAAAAAUUCAGGUAAGGAAUAUUGAUCAAGUAGGUAAUUAUACUAAUUCUUUUGAGGUAGCUAAACUAUUCAAACUCUCUAUAAUAUGUUUUUACAAAGAGAAAUGAAUUUCAGCGAUUUUCUCUUGUGAAAAAAAAUUUAAAUUGAUAUUUUCUUACGAAAUUAUAGAGCUAAUUAGAACGAUGACAAAAAACUUUUUGUUUAAUUAAAUCUAAUUUUUAAAAAUAUAAACUAUUGCUAUCUAAUUAAACAGUGAGCAUUAGGGUCAUUAAGUAUUAAGUAUAGUGAAGAAAGAAAGCGAAAUUAUUUCGAUUUUUUUGUCAACAAAUCCGUUUCCAAUAAAUACCCCCGUAGGUGCUACGCCGAUAAAUUUAUGUAACGUUAUAAGCUUUUUUAUACAAUCCUGUUAGCAUUCAACGAGAUGCAGUCGCCGGCUAAGCAUAUUAUGUUUAACCGUUACGGUUGUAUUCGUAACAAUCGCUUGAGACAUCCUUUUUCUCAUCUAACUUAUUUUAUGGUAUUUUUGUUUUUUAAAAAGAAUUCUGACAAAAAGAUAAUAUAUGACAUUUCUAUUCAAAGAUGUUUCAUUUUUUCCCACAGAAAGUUGUACUUUAGUUAUGGUUUUUGAAUAGUUUUUUUUUCUUUUUCUUGCUUUUUCGAAUUAUUUUCGUUAGUUAUUCGUCUUCAAAGAUUAUUUUACUGAUUGUUUUACUUUUACCAUUGAUUUUUCUAUUCGUUAGUAUUUGAUCUAAUUUCUAUUUUUUUGUUUUCAGGGGUGUUACGGCUACCAUACUCCUCAACAUUCAAAUCUACACACUAAUACUUUUGGAGUUGGAUUACUACCUACUUCACCUUACUUGCAUAUGCAUCAUCAAAGCGGAAGUAAUAUGUACCACGAUUCAGGACCAGUUGAUUUAUCGGGAACUGGAUCUCAUAAGGUGACUAAACAAGAGAACGUUCAACCUGUACUUAUGCCUAUGUAUCCACCUCUAUCUCUCCACGGUAAGUCCUUUUAUUAAAAGUGCAAAAAACAAAAAAGAAACAAAAACAGAAAGCAACAAUUUUUAAAAAAAAGGCCUAUAUAGCUGAAAAAAUAAAUAUAACUUAAUAAUGAUAAUCUAAUACUUGUGAAGAAAAAAAGUGAAACAAAAGACGUUAAAGAAAUACAGUUAAAGAAAGAGUGUGAGAAAAAUUUUGGAUAUCAACAGAUGUCUUUCCUAAUAAUUAAUAUUGAAUAAAUAACGAUAGUGAGUGCCGCGUUGGCGACAUUUUAGCAUUAGAGUCGUAAAGACAAUUAGUCUUGAAGGAAUGUAAUUAAUAGCGUGAAGGAAUCAUCGUUUUUCAUUUUUUUUUACUUUUGGUUUUUUUACGCAAAGAUUUCUCAAAAAUAUAAUAAACUGUUAUUUUAUCUGAGAUGGAAGGAUAUUUUGAAGAUGAUUAUUAUUCCAUAGAUGAAUUUGCUAGGAGGUUCUUCGAUCAUGAUACUUAUGCUGGAGAACCUCAUACUUUUCAACAUGCUCCAAUUCAAACGAGCAAAGAAAAUGGACAACUCGGCCAACCGCCACCGUUAAUAAUCUCUCCGAACAAUGACGAAGCUUCAAAGUCACCACCGUCUAAUGGAAAUCCAAGAACAGAACCUAACGAUACAGUCCUAAAAUUAGCAAAUACCAAUAAUAAUGGCCAAUUGACAGAAACCAGGUUGACUAGGGAAGCUAUGCGUGAUUAUUUAAGCCAUCGAUGUCACCAUACUCUUGUAAUAUACCAUGCAAAGGUUGCCCAGAAAAGUUACGGUAAUGAAAAGAGAUUUUUUUGCCCACCACCAUGCAUCUAUCUUAAAAAUGGUGGAUGGAAGAAACGCGUGGAACAGAUGGAAGAAGAUGGUAUUGCGGAAGGCGAUAGGCAAUUGUGUGCCUUUAUGGGAAUAGGAAAUUCGAACCAUGAUAUGAACCAUCUGCAGUUGGAAGGAAGAGAUUACUGCGCUGCAAAAACUUUAUUCAUUUCGGAUUCCGACAAGAGGAAACAUUUUCAUUUGAAUGUCAAAUUAUUCUAUUCAAACGGUCACGAUAUCGGCUCUUUUGCUUCGAAGCGAAUAAAGGUGAUAAGCAAACCAUCAAAAAAGAAACAGUCAUUGAAGAAUGCCGACCUGUGUAUAGAGAGCGGUACACAAGUAGCACUCUUUAAUCGCUUAAGAUCGCAAACCGUUUCCACCAGAUAUCUUCACGUAGAUAAGAACGGUGACUUGUGUAAUUUUCAUGCCUCUUCAACUCAUUGGGGAGCAUUUACAAUUCAUUUAUUAGACGAUAAUGAGGAUGAGAGCGAAGAAUUUAGCGUAUGUGAUGGAUAUAUACACUACGGUCAAACUGUAAAAUUGGUAUGUGUUGAAACUGGUAUGACUUUGCCACGGCUUAUAAUCCGUAAAGUUGAUAAACAAACGGCUUUACUAGAUGCAGACGAUCCUGUUUCACAAUUACACAAAUGCGCUUUUUAUAUGAAAGAUACGGAGCGUAUGUACGUCUGCUUGGCCCAGGAGAGGAUUAUACAAUUUCAAUCAACUCCGUGUCCUAAAGAGCCUAACAAAGAAAUGAUCAAUGAUGGUGCAUCGUGGACAAUAAUAUCGACUGACAAAGCAGAAUAUAGCUUUUUCGAAGGAAUGGGACCCGUAAGUAAGCCCGUUUCACCUGUGCCAGACGUAAGUCAAUUGGAAGUGGGGGGAGGUGGAGAUGUAGCAAUGUUGGAAUUAAGUGGCCAUAAUUUUACUCCAAACCUCAAAGUUUGGUUUGAAACAGUAGAGGCAGAAACAAUGUUCCGAUGUGAAGAAUCAAUGCUGUGCGUUGUUCCUGAUAUAUCGUGCUUUAAUUCGGAAUGGAAAUACGUUCAUGCUCCUUUAAAGGUACCAAUAUCGUUGGUUCGCGGAGACGGCGUAAUUUUCCCUACAGGACUUAAUUUUACCUACACGCCAGAACCUGGACCAAGAAAUCUACAGGCUAAACAUUUGCAAACCGCCCUAAAUGCUGAUAUGAUGUAAAUGCUCUUUUUUUUUACCCCCUUGCAUUUUACCAUGAAUCAAAAGUCUAUGGAUGCUUAAAAAAUCUACUUUGUUAUUGCGUCCAAAUUUUUAUUUAUGGAAUUUACUUCUAUUGUUCUUUUGAGAGAAUUGCAUGCAUAAUUUUGUUUUUCUAAAAUGAGUUAAUUACGUGUCUUUGUUUUCUAAACAAGUUAUUUUCUAUUUACAUCAGAUAUUACUAACUGAAGAGGACUAAAUAACGCGUAUUGUAUUUGUUUGUCAAUUGGCUGAAAAAUCUCUAUCUCUUGACAAGCGUAUAUACGUCUACUGCAAGAUUAUAUCUAGAAAUCCUCUUAUUAGUAAAUUAUUGUCGAGAAUGUUAUCAAUAAACAAUGAAAAGAUAUUUUAAACUA